AUACAGCAGUGUCUUUGCUCCUGCGCUCAAAAAUCUUAAUUACCUAUAACUGAAAGGAAUCAGUUCAAAGAUGAGGGACAAAAGUUACCCUUCCAAGCUAUUUUUCUUUUGUAUUUUGUUCAUACAAAUAGUGAUGCCAAAUAAUAGUAAAGUGCCAGCGGACGUGGACGUGGGUGUGGUUCUUGACAUUGAUGAUACCAUUGGGAAGAUUGGGCUCAGCUGCAUCAACAUCUCCCUCUCUCAUUUUUAUGCAAAACAUUCUCACUACAAAACCAGGCUGCUCCUCCAUGCCAGGGACUCCAACAGAGAUGUCGUCGCCGCAGCUGCAGCAGCUUUGGACUUGAUAAAAAACGUUCAAGUAGAAGCAAUCAUAGGGCCAGCAACUUCUAUGCAAGCCAAUUUUGUAAUCAAACUUGGAGAGAAAGCUCAGGUGCCUAUUAUCUCAUUUUCUGCAUCAAGUCCUUCACUUUCUUCCAUUCACAGUCCAUACUUCUUUCGAGCAACGCGAAGUGAUUCUGCUCAAGUGAAUGCCAUAAGUGCAAUAGUUCAAGCUUUUGGAUGGAGAAAAGCUGUGCCCAUCUAUAUUGACAACGAAUAUGGACUGGGAAUCAUACCUUAUUUAACCGACUCUUUGCAAGCAGUUGAUACCCAAGUCCCCUACCGGAGUGCCAUUGCUCCGUUCGCCACCGAUGAUCAAAUUCUUGAAGAGCUUCUCAAGUUGAAGGCAAUGCAAACUAGAGUUUUCAUUGUGCAUGUGUCACCCUCUCUUGGCUCGAAGCUUUUUACCAAAGCAAAAGAGGUGGGAAUGAUGGGUGAAGGCUAUGUUUGGAUCAUAACAGAUGGGAUGGCCGAUUUCUUGAAUUCCUUAGAUUAUUUUGUUAUUGAAUCAAUGCAAGGAGUAUUGGGAGUUAAACCUUAUGUUCCAAGAUCAAAAAGAGUUGAGAAUUUUAGGGUUCAGUGGAAAAGGAAAUUCCAACAUGAGAAUCCUGACUUGGUUGAUGCUGACUUGAACAUUUAUGGACUUUGGGCUUAUGAUGCUGCAGUUGCAUUAGCCAUGGCAAUUGAGAGAGUAGCUACAAAUAUUAACUUCGGCUUCGGAAAGGGAAAUAUUUCUGGCAACUCAACAGAUCUUGAAACUCUCGGCGUCUCUCAGAUUGGUCCAAGCCUUCGUCAAGCAUUAUCAAACACCAAGUUCAGAGGUCUUACAGGAGACUUUCUCUUCAUCAAUGGGCAGUUAAAGUCAUCAGCUUUCCAGAUAAUUAACGUGGAUGGUGACGGCGUAAGAAGGGUGGGAUUUUGGGUACCUGGAAUAGGACUCGUCAGAAGAUUGAAGACAUCAGGAGCAAAUGCAAGUAAGAAUUCUUCUGCUGACAACAAUAGUUCAACUCUUGCAACUAUUAUAUGGCCAGGAGAUACAGCUUCAAUUCCCAGGGGCUGGGAGAUUCCAGCAGAUGGUAAGAAAUUGAGAAUUGGAGUACCAGUGAAGGAAGGCUUCACACGGUUUGUGAAUGUGACGCGAUACCCUGGAACAAACAAAUUAAAAGUUGAAGGAUACUGCAUAGAUCUUUUUGAUGCUGUGGUUGCAGAAUUACCAUAUGCUAUGAAUUAUGAGUACAUCCCCUUCGUCAAUUCAGACGACAAAAGUGCUGGAACUUACAACGAUCUGAUCUAUCAAGUCUUUCUGGGGGAGUUUGAUGCUGCAGUCGGAGAUAUAUCAAUUGUGGCCAAUAGGUCCUUGUAUGUGGACUUUACUCUGCCUUAUAUGGAAUCUGGCCGUGUAUCAAUGAUAGUACCAAUUACAGAUGUUGAGAGCAAGAAAGCUUGGGUUUUCUUGAAGCCUUUGACAUGGGAUCUCUGGGUGACAAGCUUGGUUUUCUUUGUUUUCAUUGGAUUUGUAGUUUGGGUUCUCGAACACAGAAUAAAUCAAGAUUUUCGAGGAUCUCCUUCGCACCAAAUUAGCACUAGCUUCUGGUUUUCCUUCUCGACCAUGGUUUUUGCUCAAAGCGAAAAGGUGGUGAGCAACUUAGCUAGAAUAGUUGUGAUCAUUUGUUGCUUUGUUGGACUCAUUCUUACUCAAAGCUACACUGCUAGUUUAUCAAGCUUUUUAACCGUUCAGCAAUUCCAGCCCACGGUUACCACCAUAGAUGAGCUCAUUAAAAAGGGGGAUUUUGUGGGCUACCAGAAGGGGUCUUUUGUUAAAGAAACCUUGAAAAGCUUGGGUUUUGAUGAAUCCAAGCUCGUGCCUUAUAUAUCUGCUGAAGAUUGUGAUCAACUCCUUUCUAAAGGUAGUAAAAAUGGAGGUGUUGCUGCUGCUUUUGAAGGACCAACUUCUAUGCAGCUCAUACUUGCAGAGAAUUGCUCCAAGUACUCCAUUGUUGAACCUGUAUCAAUGUUGGAAGCUUCCCGUCGGAAAAACAUUUCAAAUAUUGAGGAAUUUAGCACUGAUGGUCUUGGCUUUGCCUUCCCCAAAGGAUCUCCUCUGGCACCUGAUGUUUCUAGGGCAAUCUUGAAGGUAACAGAGGGAGACAAAAUCGAGAAAAUAUGGGGGAAAUGGUUUGGUGAUCUGGGAAUCUGUCCAGAUCGUAGCAACUCAGUUCCUUCAAAUAGGCUUGGUCUCAAUAGCUUCUGGGGCCUAUUCUUGAUUGCUGGGAUAACUUCAUUAUUGGCUCUAAUAACAUACAUAGGGAUGUUUAUAUACCAAAACAGGAGAGUUUUGAUGAACUCUGAUUCCAGAGUUUCAAUGUGGAAUAAAAUUGUUGAUUUGCUCAAAAUCUUCAACCAGAAGGACUUCAAAUCCCACACUUUCAAGAGAAGCAUAGUAGAUAAUGGAAAUGGUGAACCAAGCCCGUCUACCUAUUCAAUAAACGAAGACUUCCAUGAAGAACAAGAUACACCUUCUGCAGAAGAUGUUUAUCAGAAUCAAAAUGAGCUAAGAUUUUGUCGAGAGGAAGCUCUAUUCAUUGAGCUGAUGAGUGAACCAACUAAAGAAACAUCUGCCGUAAUUGAACUAGCACGCGAAAAUUGUUAGUGGGUAAGACAAUGGAGAGUUUAAGCUAAGAGAAUGAGCUUCACAAUCAUUAUAUUCAAUUUUUGCACGCUUGUUUGUACGUUUAUUAUAUAAGCUUUUAUUAAUUAUAUACAAAUUUCGAUAAGUAUUUAAUGC